CUUGCCUCCCACCCACGUGCCGGUGGCUGCACAAAACCAGCACCCCCAGGAGCAGGGUGGAGCUGCCGGCGGAGCCAUGGGAAUGUAAGCAAGCCAUAGCGAGCCCCGAGAAAGCCAGGCAAGAAACCACAAGCCCCAGGGAGGUGACAGCCAGCCUGCACCAUGGUCUCCAUGGGGCUGCAGCUGCUGGGCUACACCGUGGCCUUCCUGGGCUACAUCGGCACCCUGACAGCCACGCUGCUGCCCGGCUGGAAGAGCAGCUCCUACAUCGGCUCCAGCAUCGUGACAGCCGUCAGCUUCACCAAGGGGCUGUGGAUGGAGUGCGCCACGUACAGCACAGGCAUCACCCAGUGUGACAUCUACAGCUCCCUGCUCAACCUGCCCGCUGACAUCCAGGCAGCCCAAGCCCUGAUGGUGAGCUCCUGUGCUGUCUCCUCCCUCGCCUGCCUCCUCAGCAUCGUGGGCAUGAGGUGCACCGUCUUCAGCCAGGGCUCACCAGCCAAGGACCGAGUGGCGGUGGCAGGCGGUGUGGUCUUCAUCCUUGGGGGGCUGCUCUGCUUCAUCCCACUGGCGUGGAACAUCCACGUGGUGCUGCGGGAUUUCCACAACCCCGUCCUCCCUGACAGCAUGAAGUUUGAGCUUGGGGAAGCACUUUACCUGGGCAUCAUCUCCUCCAUCCUCUCGCUCAUUGGCGGCUUCAUCCUCUGCACCUCCUGCCCUGCCCACGACCCAACAGCCACCUACACAAGCACCUAUCAGCCCCAGCUGCUGGCAGGCAAAAGACCCUGUCCUUCCAUCAGCCAGACACAGAAGACCAAGAGUGAGCUCAGCUCCUACAACCUGACAGGAUAUGUGUAGCAGCUGUGGGUGGAAACUGGGCUGACACCUCUCCCAGCUCCCCAAAGGAUCUGGGCUGGCACCAAGGGAGCACGGAAGUAAUGUAGCAGGAUGACAUGAACCAACAAAGAGUGAGUUUUACAAGCAACCAGAAGAGUACAACAAUGCCUCCAACCAAGUCAGUGUUGGUGCCCAACAAUGG